UUACCAUCUGCUUAUCAGUCGGUCGAGUCGCCAGCGGACAGUGAAGGUUACCUGCUUCAACAGUGCUUGAACGGCAACCUUUCAACUGUCUUCGGGCCCUAUCAAUCACCUUGAUCAACAAUUCAUAACCUCAAAAUCAAGUUUAUUUUACCUUGAAACAUCGGCUAGCUGAGAUAUCCUGAACACGUUUAGCUUGCUAGCUAGCUGAACCGUUUGUUUGUCGACGACGCGAGACCCUCGGGAAAGCCUUUCGACCUCCUCACGAGAAGACCCGCCACUGAAAUCUGGGUUUUGUUGCCUGCAUUUCAGAACCAUGAGUUCCCAGGUGAGACAGAACUUCCACCAGGACUGCGAGGCUGCAAUCAACAGGCAGAUCAACCUGGAGCUGUAUGCCUCCUACGUCUACCUAUCUAUGGGAUACUACUUUGACCGGGAUGAUCAGGCAUUGGCCAACUUUGCCAAGUUCUUCCGUAAUCAGUCACACGAGGAGCGAGAGCACGCUGAGAAGCUGAUGAAAAUACAGAACCAGAGGGGGGGGAGGAUCUUCCUACAAGAUGUCAAGAAGCCAGAGAGGGAUGAGUGGGGCAGUGGAGUUGAGGCCCUUGAGUGUGCCCUGCAGCUUGAGAAGAGCGUGAACCAGUCACUGCUGGACUUGCACAAGCUCUGCUCCGAACACAAUGACCCACAUUUGUGUGACUUCAUCGAGACCCACUACCUGGACGAGCAGGUGAAGUCCAUCAAAGAGCUGGGAGACUGGGUGACCAAUCUGCGCCGCAUGGGAGCUCCUCAGAACGGCAUGGCCGAGUACCUGUUUGACAAACACACCCUGGGCAAAGAAGGCAACUAAAUCCAUCCAAAUUACAUAUACAAACGCUUUCUACAUGUGCAUAUUUGUAUCUUGCUUUAAAUCCUUCUUCAAAUAUGAAGUCAUCUGCAUUGUACUUGCAAGUCAUUUAUGGUUUAUAUUAACCACGUUGUUGCCAUCUACUCAACAUGAGUUACUUCGCUAAUCCCAGAGCUGUGAGCUAUUCCAUUCAAAGCCCACUCUUUUAUCUUGCAAUUCUGUCGGCGUUGCCUUCGUCAUUACUAUGCAUUUGCUGUGUUUUAUGCCAGACGCUGUUCCUCCAACAAAAUAAAAUGAACCCUCUGGAUUCUGA